UUAUUGCUUCUCAAACGCUCUCUUCUUCGCCACACCGCCCACCUUUCUGGAAUCCAACAAAACCCUUCCCUCCUUCAUCCUUCGUCCUCCCGCUCUGGGCCCACCUGUGGGCCUCGCUUAGCGUUAUCUUCCUCUGCUCUCGUCCUUCUCUGGGCGAGGCUUACCCGUAAGGAUGAAGGAUUUCAAUACGGAUCUCUUUGACCCUGCAACCGUCAUGGACUCUGACUACUCCGGCGGCGCUUCCCCUUCCGACGCCGAUUUUGGCUUCGCUUUCAACGACAGUAACUUCUCAGAUAGGAUUCUCCGGAUCGAAAUCAUGGGGGAUUCUGCUGAGGCUCGCCCUGAUUCCGAUUGUUGUGCUACCAUCGCCGAUUGGGCUCGCCACCGAAAGAGAAGGCGGGAGGAUGCGAAGAAGGACAGCACGGAUCUUACGAUAUUGCCUGAUGAGCAAAUUUUGAAUGGGAACCAACUUGAUAUUGAUGAUGGUGUUGCCGGUGAAAAUCAAGAUGAAGAAGCUGUUGCAAUGGUUGAAGAAUGCCCUUCAGGUGAUGAAGCUGGAAAUAGCAAUGAUUCAAACUGGAGCAUGGAUUGCUCAACAGUUGUGAGGGUUAAGACACUACACAUCAGUUCUCCUAUUUUGGCUGCUAAAAGUCCUUUCUUCUAUAAGCUUUUCUCUAAUGGAAUGAAGGAGUCCGAGCAGAGACAUGUUACACUGAGAAUUAGUGCCUCCGAGGAGGCUGCUCUCAUGGAGCUUCUGAACUUUAUGUACAGCAAUACCUUGAGCACCACUACACCAGCUGCUUUGCUGGAUGUGUUGAUGGCUGCUGACAAGUUUGAAGUUGCUUCAUGCAUGAGAUACUGCAGCCGAUUGUUGCGGAAUAUUCCCAUGACACCUGAUUCUGCAUUGCUUUACCUGGAUCUUCCUUCGAGUGUCCUGAUGGCUGAGGCCGUCCAACCAUUGACUGAUGCUGCAAAGCAGUAUCUUGCUUCUAGAUACAAGGAUAUAACCAAGUUCCAGGAUGAGGUAAUGGGCUUGCCCUUAGCUGGAAUUGAGGCAAUAUUGUCUAGUGAUGAUCUUCAGGUUGCAUCAGAAGAUGCUGCUUAUGACUUUGUGUUAAGGUGGGCUAGAGUGCAAUAUCCCAAGCUGGAGGAGAGGAAAGAAGUUCUGGGUGCACGGCUUGCACGUUUAAUUCGCUUCCCUUACAUGACUUGUCGAAAACUUAAGAAGGUUUUGACUUGUAAUGACUUUGACCAUGAAGUGGCGUCUAAGCUUGUCCUUGAGGCCCUCUUCUUCAAGGCUGAGGCUCCACACCGCCAGCGCUCACUGGCUGCAGAGGAGUCUGCUGCCUUGAAUCGUCGUUUUGCUGAGCGGGCAUAUAAGUAUCGCCCUGUUAAGGUGGUGGAAUUUGAACUGCCAAGGCAACAGUGUGUGGUUUACCUGGAUCUAAAGCGGGAGGAGUGUGCCAGUUUGUUCCCUUCUGGCCGGGUUUAUUCUCAGGCAUUCCAUUUAGGCGGACAGGGGUUUUUCCUGUCAGCACAUUGCAACAUGGACCAACAGAAUUCUUUCCAUUGUUUUGGACUGUUUCUGGGCAUGCAGGAAAAGGGUUCAGUUAGCUUUGCCGUCGACUAUGAAUUUGCCGCAAGGUCAAGGCCGACUGAGGAGUUUGUUAGCAAGUACAAAGGUAAUUACUUAUUCACUGGGGGAAAGGCUGUGGGCUACAGAAACUUGUUUGCAAUUCCAUGGACUUCGUUUAUGGCUGAGGACAGUCUCUUCUUCAUCAACGGCGUCCUCCAUCUCAGAGCUGAGCUCACUGUCAGACACUGACAUCCGUUAAAUAUUCUGAGAACUUUUUCAAUCCACUUGAUGACUGACCUUGUUUAGGCUAUUUACUCAUAUUAUGUUAAACUGAUGGAAUCUUAAAAAUGUAAAAUAUCCAGGCAAAGUGCCUUUUGGUGGCUAGUGAGGCAUGAAAUCAGAGGGUUUUUGGAUCUUCUCGUGCUCAGCCACCCAAGAAAAAAUGUAAAUGGGCUUGAGCAGGUGCAGGAAGGGACAGGUCCUGUUUGGAAACUGACUUUCGUUAACAUGCUUUCAUUUUUCCCAUUUGGUUUA